GUGACGUAACGAAGCUUCGGAUUGGCGUGAUUUGAUGCAAGCCUCGGGGCUUGUGUGUCUCUAUCAAUGAACUCGAUGCUCGGAGCAGUAUUUCGAAACCGUAGGCCUGCCCCCUUCUAUCCUCUCCGGUUCUUAUGUAAGCUCUAUGUUCGAAACAGCAUAGUGUUCUGUACCUACCAACCCCCACAGAUCUUGUUCCUUAUCUAUAUUGAUAUACAGCAGUUGCAUAAAUCCAGAGGGAAGAACUGGAGACUACAGUCCACAGUCUGUGUUUUUUGCAGCUCGGAGUUGAACGCAGUUAACGACAUGGCCUCUCAAGUGCAUAAAAAUGUUCAGGAAUACUACGGCUCGCGCCUAGAAACGUCCGAAGACUUACAAACAAGUGCGUCAUGCACGAUGCCCGCGCGCCCUAUGUCCAAGAGUGCGUUAGAUGCCCUCAAACUGGUCCACCCAGAAGUGUCAAAAAGGUAUUUUGGAUGUGGCAUAGUGGUUCCAGAAAAGCUGACAGGCUGUAAGGUCUUGGACCUGGGGAGCGGUUCUGGACGAGACUGCUACAUCCUUAGCAGGCUCGUGGGGAAGAGCGGCCACGUGAUUGGCAUCGACAUGACCGAGGAGCUGAUCUCGGCAUCGCGUAAAUACAUCAAGUACCACCAGGAAGCGUUUGGUUACGAGGAACCCAACACCACCUUCGUCCAGGGAUACCUGGAGAGGCUGGGAGAGGCUGGGAUACAGAGCGACUCUCUGGAUGUCGUAGUGUCAAACUGUGUGAUGUGCUUGUGUCCAGAUAAGAAGGCUGUCAUGAAAGAGGCAUACAGGGUCCUUAAGGAAGGUGGAGAAUUCUAUUUUAGUGAUAUGUAUGCAGACAAAGUUGUUCCUGAACAUCUGAAAGAAGAUCCAGUACUAUGGAGGGAAGGCAUGGGCGGCGCCCUCUACUGGCGGGACCUCAUCGCGCUGGUGCAUGACAUCGGCUUCAGCACACCCCGCCUCCUGGCCGCCAGUCACAUCGCGGUCCAUAACGCCGAGCUCCUGAGGAAAACCGAUGGCAUCAGGUACGCGUCUGGCACUUACCGCUUCUUCAAACUGCCCAAAAGCUCGGUAACGGUGGGGGCGGAGGUCACGUACAAGGGGACGGUGCCCGACCACAGCGACCAGCUGGACUUUGACGCCUCGCACUCCUUCCAGAGAGACGUGCCGCUUCCUGUCGACGCCGAGGCGGCUGCCGUACUGCGCUCCUCCCGCUACUCGACCGACUUCCUGAUCCAGGACUCGGAAAGCCAGGCCACGAGCCAGGACCACGCGCCCCAGUACUGUCACCUCAACCCGUUCCUGCUGGCGGACAAGCUGGGCUCCUCCAUCAGGCAGUGCUCUAAGACUGAGGAAAAGGCCGGCUGUGACGGGGCGCCCCCUGGAGGCUGUGAGGCGACCAACAGCACAAGCAGCUGUGGGAAAUAGGCAUGGCAACCUUUGGAAGUGGGCAAGAAUGUUCUGCUUUGUGUGCCUUUGUAUGCAAUGUAAGCACAUUGCGUGAAAGCAAAAUAGUGAUGCUUUUAGCUACAUUUUUAGACCGUAGACAUGUAUGUCACACAAAGUUAGUAGCAUGCUUAUCUCUGAAGCUGUAGUUUCUGUUAGACAGUAGAUUAUUGAUGCCACUGUUCGUGUGAGUGUGUAUUCGUGGUUCCGGAUGAAACUGCCGAACAAAUGAAUUAAACAGCCGAGGUGCUACAGAAGUAAUUUCCUCUUUCUUCAAAAUAAUUUCUUUAAAAUAGUGUUUUCUGUGUUUACACACCUGGCAGUAAAUCCCAGCUAAGUUCUUCUAAAGAAAAGCUUCUGUCCCAUUCAAGUGCAUUCCCUUAAUUUUAUACCCUUCUGACCAUAAACUGUUCAGCCGAGGCUCUCUUUUAACAUAACUCUCCUUGACAUUCAAAAAUUAAUUCAA